AUGUCGGGUUACUCUGCUUUUCCCCAUCUUCUUCCUAUCUUCUGCCCGGACAAGGCCGAGUUCUUCAAGAGCUCGCUGAACAUCAUCGACUUUGUAGCCAUCCUGCCCUUUUACCUGGAGGUGGCGCUGAGCGGCCUCUCCGCUAAAGCGGCAAAAGACGUGCUGGGCUUUUUGCGCGUGGUGCGAUUCGUCCGAAUCCUGCGAAUCUUCAAGCUCACGCGCCAUUUCGUGGGGCUGAGAGUGCUGGGUCACACGCUCCGUGCCAGCACCAAUGAAUUCUUGCUCCUCAUCAUCUUCCUCGCUCUGGGGGUGCUCAUCUUCGCCACCAUGAUCUACUACGCCGAGCGUAUUGGCGCCGACCCGGCCGACCCCACGGCAAGCGCCCACACCACCUUCAAAAACAUCCCCAUCGGCUUCUGGUGGGCAGUGGUCACCAUGACCACACUGGGCUAUGGAGACAUGUAUCCAGAGACAUGGUCUGGUAUGUUAGUGGGUGCCCUGUGCGCCCUAGCGGGCGUGCUGACCAUCGCCAUGCCUGUGCCCGUCAUUGUAAACAACUUCGGCAUGUACUACUCUCUGGCCAUGGCCAAGCAGAAGCUGCCCAAGAAGAAGAACAAGCACAUCCCUCGGGCGCCACAGCCUGGAUCGCCCAACUACUGCAAGCCAGACGCCCUGGCCAUGGCCACUGCCUCGCCGCACAGGAUCAUGGGUAAUGUGCUGGGCAGUAUGGUGGUCUCUGGAAGCAUGGCAGGAGACUGUCCUCUUGCACAGGAGGAAAUCAUAGAGAUUAACAGAGCAGACGCCAAACAGAAUGGAGAUGCUGCAAACGCAGCUCUGGCUAAUGAGGACUGUCCCACCAUAGAUCAGGUGCUGGGGCCAGAUGACAGGAGUCCGGCCACCGGUGGGCUGGGGACAUGCGCGGGGCGUGAACGUUACCCCCACGAUAGGGCCUGCUUCCUUCUCAGUACUGGAGAGUUCCGCACCACAGACAGCAAUGUCAGGAAAGCCAUUCAACUCCUUUGCCUGGAGCAACAGGACUGUUCGCUGGAGGACCAUACCAGGGACUUUGUAGAUCUGGCGUGCCUUACACACUUCCCGGAUUGCUCACUCUGCAUAUUCUAUCACACCAGCCUGAGCGAGCGGUGCAAGGCACGCCUACCCACGAACGGUCCCAAGGAGGAUUUCGCUGCUUUCGUGGAGUGGGUGCUGGAGAGAAAUGGACUGUGUCUCUCCGUCUGCCCCGCCGAGGAGGACAUCUCCAGCCCCACUCACGAACCAGAGACCAGCCAGCCGUCAUCCCGCUGCACGGAGCAGAUGCCUGAGCCCACCGCAGACGGAGAGCCUGAGCCCACCGCGACUGAACCGAUCGUCGCCCCGGAGCCUGAGCCUCUUGAAUUGUCUGACCAGGUGCGUGAGCCGGCUACAUCGCCCGUCCCCAAGGGAGUUUUGGUGGAGAUUGAGGGCUUGCAGGGAAGCCCCGCCCACACUCCCGCCGCUGAGGGUGAGCUGCAACUGGUCACUGGACCACAUUAUGAGGAACUAAUGGACUGUUUCAAAGUGGAUUUAAUAGACUGGUUUGGGGAGGCAUUAGCCAGUUCUCCUACGUCUCCGCUGGUUCCGUCCAGCUCCUGUCCUCCAGUGUCCCCUCCCAGCCUCCCUCUCCUGCCUCCUCUUAAAGAACUAGUCAGUUCCUCAGCCCCAUCUCCGCUGGUGCCUGUCAGUCCCUCAGCUCACCCUCAGUCAGCGCCAUCGGGGCGCUCUGAUUCACCUAGGGACCUCCAGUCUCCAGCUCCGCCUUGGCGUGAGGAUUCCCUGCCUCUGCCUCCAGCCUCCGAGCCCUGGACUCCACCUCGGUCCUUUGACCCAUCGGCUCCGCUUAGGCUCUUUCUUCCCUCUGGCUCUGCCUCCAUCCUCAGUCGCUCCGGCUCCGCAGCGGUCUUCCAGAGCCCCGCCUCCGCCUCGGUCACUUGA